CUCCAGUUGUCCACUUGGAUGAGGAAAGUGCGAGAUGCCUUGCGAAAUUGGAGGAGCACCUAUGCAUGCUGCAAGGCUACCAACUCCAAGGAUUUGACAAGCUGUCUCUAUUUACUAAGGCGAAAUUCCCGGAAAUCUAUAAAGAGCCCAAGUUCUCAAGAAAGUGCGAAGAUUGCCCUCCGUUGCCUCCAAGAAGCCGUCUUCACGAUCUCCUCUUGGUGUAAAGCUGUAAAUGGGAACCAUGCUUUAGAGUCAGUUCCUGUUGAUCCCAAGUGGGAAACAAUCGUCAAAUCAUCCAAUGUGCACCACGGGCAUCUGCGGUUCUCUGAGGAACUAUUGCCGCCAAUUUCAGAAACUUGAAGAGAGCAGAUCCAAUUUUGAAGGAUGUGGAAUUGCGCAUUCAUGGAAUAAUCUGAACACCUUCUUUCGCUUUUUUCCAUAGUUCUUCGAUCUCCAGAAAAGGUAAAAGACUUCCAUUCCGCCUCUUUGUUGUUGGUUCUUUGCUAUACCCGCUCUGCUCAGCAUAUCAAGAGGAACUGUAAAUAGAUUUAACCUCUUCUUACAAUAAAACUACGAAAUGCAUUGCAUUGUCUUUCUGUAAAGAUCAUUCUUUCUGUAUACCAAUUUGUAUCAUCAUUCCGUUUUUUUCUUCUAAAGAGGAUUGGAAUCACUGUUCUCUGGUUGUAAUAAAUGGACGAUAUUCACUACUUUGAUUUACCUGUAUGUCGUCAAUCAGCAAGGGAAGUUGUUCAUUUCAAACGUACUUUGGUGCGUCUUUGAUGUAACGUCGCCCCAAGAUUUAAAUUCUUCUCAAUCAUGCCAAGGUAGAAAUUUCUUGAAGGAGACGGAAUGAUAUGUGCUAAGAAUUCAACUCUUGUCGAUUCAAUGAUGUCAUGAUGCAGCAUAUGAAUCUUAGAAGGGCACUUUCAAGUUCGGACGGUACCAUUUUGCUUUCAAGACAUCUCUUGCAUGUA